AUGCACACUGUGAAGGAACUCAUGUCCUCCCCCAUGCCACUGGACGAUGAGCUGUCUCGUUCGUAUACACUUUGCGGUUCUGAGUGUUUAGAUAUUGACCUGGACGAACAAGAUGCUCUUCGUAAGGCUGCACGUGCUGGGAUCCAAUUGCUGGAGACCAAUCAAGCGCUUGGUGAAGAGGUGAUUGCGUUGCGAGAUCACGUGGCGGUGCUGGAGACCGAGCAGCCUAGGCUUCGAGCCCGAUUGGCUCUUCGGGAGCAGGAACUGGCCAAUUGUAUAGGGGUUCGGAAAGAGUUGCUGCUGGAAGCGAACACCCUGUACAACGAGCUUAAGGCGAAGUCAGCACUUGUCAAGGAUUUGCUGGAGAAGGAAGAUCAUAUGACGCAGCAGCUGCGGGAGUUGAGAGUUGUUAAGACGCUGGAAGAAAACUCGACUGCAGCUUCAGACGUGGAUCACCAACUAGAGAGAUCGGAAGCCGCUAAGAUGAAGUCUACGCAACGGAAGUUUGCUGUGGUGAACCCCGAAUCCACUUACGAUCUUGACCAAGCAAGUGUUUUCACAAUUACCGACUACAAGAAGUUGCAGCACCAACUCCUUGUAGCGUCGGAAGAAAACGUAGCGCAUGAAUUGGAGAUCAAGAGUUUGCGUAAAGAGGUCGGUGAACUGCGUCGCAAAUUGGUCGGCUUGCCAGAAUGUAUGGCUCACAUCAAACGUCUUGAAAAACGUAGCGAAACCCUACAGAGUGCGAAUGACACGUUGCGUGAAGAGCGAAUGGAAGAGCAAGCCGUGUUGGAUAGUCUUCGUUCGAUGAACUUGAUGUACAAGAAGAUCGCGGAGUCCCACACUUUUGCCGCGGAUUGUACAUGCUUGCAGCAACCUGAGGAGGCCGACGCACAUGCACCGAGUAUCACGGUGCGCGAUGUGCUCCUUGAAACAAACAUGAAGCUUGAGGCAGAGCUUCGUGGACUUCGAGCUAGCUUGGACAUGCCGGACCUCUCAGUGACCGUAGAAGAAGAGCUGCUGGAUCGGGCAUUCAAGCGAGUAGAUAGUGACAGCAGCAGUAGCUCCGUACAAUCAGACACAAUCGAUGACAGUCGCGAUUCGGUCAAGACUGCAAAUGAACGGCUGAACCGCAAGGUUCAGGUCGUCACGGAGAAAUGCAAGUUGAUGAAAGAGAUGCUGCGCCACACGAAAGUACAAUGGUGUGCUGCAGUGGCCUCACAGAAAGCCCAAGAGGAAAGUAACGAGUCUGCCCGAAGAGAGAUAUCUCUUCUUACACAGCAACUGGACGAUUGUGUUGCAGCUCUUGCUGGCACGGAUAAAAAGGGUCUGGGGCAUAACAUUGAACUAGCACGUGGUGGUGUUGACGAGUGUAGUAAAUGGGUUCAGGAGACGGCACCGUUUCCUGCACCACCGGGCGAUUUGAAUUCUCCGCUAAUUCGGUGUCUGCUGGAUCAUUGGAGUACCGACAAAUCGAAGGUCAUGAUACUCACGGAUUGGUUGCACAAUUCGAUCCGAGGCACAGGUCGAGCCACGCCUCUGCGGCUGGCAAACUUAACGAGCGAGGUCGCGGCAGGCUUUACGCAGCUCUUGGUACCCAUCAUGCGUGAACGGCACGGCGUGUCCGUCAGCAUUUAUCGUCAUGAUAGCGUGCACGUGUUGUCGGACCUGGUGCUUCAGACGACCCAUCCUAGUGAGGCGCUGCAGUCUGCUGUGUCGAAAAAUGAUUGA